AUGGGACAGUUCAAGAAAGAAAAGGCUAGAGUUUCCAGAGACAAAUCUGCCGGUGACGAUCGUGCUACCAAUCUUCGUGUGAAGGGAGAGAACUUCUACCGAGAUGCCAAGAAGGUUAAAUACGUCAAGAUGCUCAAGGGUGGCAAGGCAACUCGUGAUGCCCAGGGCAGAAUCGUCAAGGCUGCUGACUUCCAGAGCUCAGAGGCCGUCACCGCCCGAGUUGCUCCCAACAGAAAGUGGUUCGGUAACACCCGAGUCAUUGGUCAAAAGGCAUUGGAAGAUUUCCGUGAGUCUCUAGGUGCUAGAAUCCAGGAUCCUUACCAGGUUCUUCUGAAGCAGAACAAGCUUCCCAUGUCCCUUUUGCAGGAUCCUACUGCUCAGGGUCGUAUGCACAUCCUUGAGACUGAAUCUUUCAAGAACACCUUUGGUAAAGGUGCUCAGCGUAAAAAGCCCAAGAUUAACCUGGGAACAAUGGAAGAGAUGAUGACCAAAGUCGACGACACACAUGAAAACUACAAAUCCGCAAAGGAUACUAGUCUUUUGUCGAACAAGAUCUUUGAUAUGGUAGAUCAAUCCAGAGCUUGGUAUCUCCAGGCUGGUCAGUCUAAGCGUAUCUGGAACGAAUUGUACAAGGUUAUUGAUUCUUCCGAUGUCAUUAUCCACGUUCUCGAUGCCCGUGAUCCCAUCGGUACUCGCUGUAUUAAUGUCGAAAACUACAUCCGCAGAGAAAAGCCCCAUAAGCACUUGAUUUUUGUUCUCAACAAGUGUGAUUUGGUUCCUACUUGGGCUACUGCUCGUUGGGUCGCCAAACUGUCUCAGGACGCACCCACUCUUGCUUUCCACGCUUCGAUUAACAACUCUUUCGGUAAGGGUUCUUUGAUCCAACUUCUCCGCCAGUUCUCUGGUCUCCACAGCGACAAGAAGCAGAUCUCGGUCGGUUUCAUCGGUUACCCCAACACCGGUAAAUCCUCCAUCAUUAACACACUCAAGUCCAAGAAGGUCUGCACUGUUGCACCUAUUCCUGGAGAGACCAAGGUCUGGCAGUACAUCACACUCAUGAAGCGUAUUUACCUCAUCGAUUGCCCUGGUGUUGUUCCCCCCAACAUCGGUGACAGUGAAACCGACAUUAUUCUCAAGGGUUCUGUUCGUACCGAGAACAUUGCAGCACCCGAAGAUACUAUUCCCACAAUUCUGGAACGUGUCCGACCAGAGUAUAUUAAACGCACAUACGAUCUUCCUGGCUGGGAGAACCCUACUGACUUCUUGGAGCAGUUGGCUCGCAAGACCGGAAAGCUUGUCAAGCGUGGUGAGCCUGAUAUUCACAACGUAUCAGUCAUGGUCCUCAAUGACUGGCUCAGAGGUCGCAUUCCUUUCUAUGUUGCCCCACCAGAGUCUAUCGAACCCAGAGAAUCACCAGAGGGCAAG